CCUUUCUUCUAUUUGGACAACAAUCCAGUCCUGUGAUCUCUUGAUGCCUAAGGCAUAUGUUUUGAAUUAUAUCCCGUUCCAAACAGAUGUGUAACAUCCAGAGUUUUGCAAACUCCCAGACUUCUGGGACAUUUCUCACUACAUAUACAUCACUGGCUCUGACUCCACAGGAUCACUGUAGCUGCCCAGAAUACAUAGAGAAUCUCAGAGAUCUGGUACUUUCAGCCGUCCUCGUGCCAAAUUCCUUUCAUCCCAAGGUGACAUUCUUACUGUCCCUACCCACAGUUGGAACGACCCAGCAGUGCUAUAACACAAAGAGCAGCUCUCCUUCCAGGCAAAUAGUUCCUGUUUUGCUUCUUCAACAUUCUUGGUUUCUGCAGUUCUCAAGUUAGUCCUCCAAGAGCAGCAAACACAGCCAAACCUUUUUGCUGGCCCAUAGCCAAGGGGCAAGCCAGUGCCUGCUUAAAAAAAAGCAACCACAGCUUCACCUCAGCUGUAAAUACAUGGGCUGGGACUUUCCCCUACAACUUUGACGGGAAGUUCUUUCAUCCAGCACAGACAGACAGGGCUUGCAACAUCUCCUCAUCUCUCCCUCCCACGUGCAUCCUGGCUUCCACUAGAUAAAUGCCAGCAAGGCUGUCAGGUUUCUGCAUUCUUCUCCGGGCAAUAGGACCUCUCUGCAGCAUCUAAGAGCAGAUCUUGCCCUAGCACUAACAGCACCUCACCAGCUGGAAGGCACCGGUUUGCCCAGGGGGAGAGCAGGAGGUUGAGUGCACAGCUAUCACUAUAACAGACUCUGUAAGGCCAUUUUCCUUGUUUCAACUUUACGCCCACCGAGUUGCCAUCAGAGCAAAGAUGAAUAAAAAUUCUUCCAACAUAAUGGCUUUGGUUCCCAAAACAUCUAACAAAAGAGAGACAGUGUGUAUAUUUGGAACGGGAGAUUUUGGAAGAGCUCUGGGCCAUAAGCUGAUUCAGUCUGGCUACCCCGUCGUGUUUGGAAGCCGGAGUCCGUGGCCAUCCAGCCUGAUUCCCAAGGACGCAGAGGUGCUGAGCCAUGCUGAGGCAGCACAGAAAGCUGCCAUCAUUAUUAUAGCAAUCCAGAGGCAACAUUACGACUUCCUUGCAUCACUAGAGGAAACACUCCAUGGAAAAGUGUUGGUGGACGUAAGCAACAACUUAAAAAUAAAUCAGUAUCCUGAAUCCAAUGCAAAGUACCUGGCUCAGCUGGUGCCCAGCGCCAGGGUUGUGAAAGCCUUUAACACCGUGUCUGCCUGGGCUCUGCAGUCGGGCACCCUGGAUGCAAGCCGGCAGGUGUUUGUCUGUGGAGAUGACACGGAAGCUAAACAAAUGGUGAUGGAUAUCGUUCGUGCAGUGGGUCUCACACCAUUAGAUCAAGGAUCUCUGUCAGCUGCUCGGGAAAUAGAAAAUUACCCUCUACAGCUUUUUCCAAUGUGGAAGCUUCCCAUCAUUUUGUCCCUUGGCCUAACUGCAUUCUUCUUCUUGUACUGCUUGGUUCGUGAUGUAAUAUACCCUUGUGUUUAUGAAAAUCAGGAUUAUUCAUUUUUUCUUGCAAUUUCCAUUCCAAAUCGGAUCUGCCCUAUAAUGGCACUUGUCCUUCUUGCCUUGGUUUAUCUCCCUGGUGUACUUGCUGCAAUUAUUCAGUUAUACAGAGGUACCAAAUACAGCCGUUUCCCAGACUGGCUGGACAAAUGGAUGCUGUGUAGGAAACAACUUGGACUAGUAGCAUUGGCGUUUGCUUUUCUGCACGUUAUUUACACUCUCGUUAUCCCAAUUCGCUACUAUGUAAGAUGGAGAAUCGAGGACAGAACCAUCUCACAGGCACUGAACAAUAAAACAGCUCCAUUUGACAACACAAAUGGCUGGCUUAGUGACUCUUAUUUGGCUUUGGGGAUUUUAGGAUUCUUUUUAUUUGUUCUUCUUGGAAUAACUUCUCUGCCUUCAGUCAGCAACAAUGUCAACUGGAGAGAAUUUCGAUUUGUACAGUCCAAACUGGGAUAUCUGACAUUGAUUUUAUGCACUGCACACACACUGGUUUACGGUGGGAAGCGGUUCCUAAGUCCAUCGUCGUACAGAUGGUAUCUUCCAAAUGCUUAUAUGCUCUCUCUCAUUGUUCCAUGCAUUGUACUAGUUGUCAAAUUUGUGCUCAUACUUCCUUGUCUAGACAAACAACUAACACGAAUUCGACAGGGCUGGGAGAGGAAUCCCCAAUACUCAGAACAAUCAAACUACAUCAUCAACAAGUCUGCUGUGUAAUUAGACUAACCUGUGUUUUUAAAAAGAAACACAAAAAAAUCAAGAGCAAAAUGAAGUCCCUAUCCUCCUUUAUCUGGAGGAAGAGAGAGAAAAAGUGAAAAACCUGGGCAGGCUCUGACUGAAAUAAAGCAACCCCAGUGACAAGCUUAAAAUUCAAUUCAAACAAGAGCCCCCUGAGACCCUGCACCCCAGACGUGCUUUCACACAGGCACAGGCCUUUUCUUUUUUCUCCACAUACUCCCCCUACUCACCCUCUAUUCUUAACAAGAGUAUGAGAAGUAAGUGGUGUUCAAGGUAUCGGUCACACGAAAUCUCCAGGGCUGGCCAGGAACAGAGCAACUUCUGGUGUUAGACAGUGUCUGCUCCUCUCGCCUGUCCUGCCCACUGGAGCUCUGAUCUGCAUGCUCUUGCACACAUGUAUAAUCACCCUGAUUCCACCUCUGAAGCCACCAGUCCAUAGUGCAGGCACAGGACAGGCACUGGCUGAGGGAAAGCUCUCAUCCUCACAACAUUAGUUUGUCCUCCAUUAACAUCUGAUCAAAAGAGAUCUAUAGUCAUGCCUUAGAAAGGGUUGAAUAAGACUUUCUUGGUUUGUGUACAGGAACUCUAGUGUUCAUAGUGUAUAUGCUGAGGAUUGCUGAAUCCCUGCUGUACUGCAGAAACUCAGUUGGCAAGGGGAUAGAGGAGAGACCAAAAUGUCAAAAAGACAUGAGAUGUGCUCACCAGCCUAAUCUUCUCAGCAAGUACACACACAUUGUGGUCAGUAAUUUUUUGUGUGUAAGCAGUGAGCUGUACGGAAAGGAACUGAUGGAAAAUACUGUUUUAUCAGGAGUUUAUAUUGCAUGUCAUAAUUAUAUCUCACAAAGAUUAGAUUGUUGAUUUUUUCUGAAAUUUCUUGAAUGCAAUAUUAUAAAUAUUCUAUGAAAAUGCACAUAUUUUAACCUCAGUAAAGAAAAGUAUUUACA